AUGACAAAGAUCAUUCGUUCAAUAUGGAUAGACGAAAGGAUACCUGACUCGUGGAGACAAUUAUCAUACUUCUCCUCUAACAAGAAGUUAUCCAUCACGGGCACUAGGAAUCAUCGAGGAAUGUCCUUAGUGUGUGUUAUGUACAAGGUAUUAGAACGACUAAUUAAACAUCGCGAAGAAACAACGCGCGACGGGCAAGCUGGCUUUCAUCCUGCCCGAUCUACGAUUGAGCAGGUGUUCAUCGUUAAGAGAGCGAUCAAAAUCUGGGAGCUGUACUCGAAGCUGAUGCAAUUAGCCUUUCUACACUUUGAAGCCGCUUUCUACUCUCCUCAUCGAAGCCGUCUUCUCAACGCGCUCCGCACCGAUGGAAUACCAGGGAAGUUCGUUCGCUUGCUUGAUGACAUGAAUCAACGAACAACUGCUGCAGUUCGAACACCAGCCGGGUAUAAAACACCAUUCGGUGUGGUAACUGGAGUAAGACAAGGGGCAGUGGCAGGACUCUUCCUGUUCAACUUCGCUAUCGACGACAUCAUGCGAAGAACAGUCGAUGAGUGUCCUGCCGACAUCGUCUUAGCACCAUCAGGGUGCCCCUUGACAUCUCGAGUACGCCGACGAUGA